AUGUACUUCGCCUUGCUCCCUGCGAUGGGGCCAUCGCGCAACUUUGACGAAGAUGCCGACGACAACUUCCACGCUGCGCCUCGGCUGGAGGAACCGGAGAAUGGGGCCAAAGAUGACGAUGGAUGA